GGAGACCGUGCCUCACCAUGGCAGCUGCCCUGGAUCAGUUCUGUGGCUCUGUUUUCUGGAACUCCUCUCUCCUGGAUCGCAAUGAUGCUGACCUGCCGCUCUGCUUUGAGCAGACUGUCCUCGUCUGGGUCCCUCUGGGCUUUGUCUGGCUUUUUGGCCCAUGGCAGCUUCUCCCUAUGUGCAGAUCCAAGGCAAAGAAAUCAUCAGUCACUCAAGUUUACUUCACUAAGCAGGCACUGGCUAUGCUACUCUUACUGUUGGCACUAUCUGAGCUGAUCUUCACCCUCGUCCAAAACUUAGGGCAACAAUCAACCCCUGCCAGUCAAAAUCCUGCUGUUCAGUACACAAAUCCUAUACUCUAUGGCAUCACUUGGAUACUUGUUUUGCUGAUUCAGGAUAGCCGUCGCUUUGCCACAUGCAGGGACUCAUGGACUGUCUUCCUCUUCCUCGUCCUUUCUCUGAUCUGUGGCAUGUUUCAGCUGCAGACUCUGAUCCGGCAAGCAGUUCAGGGCUCCAUCUCUGACAUACCACGUUUCUGCCUCUUCCUUCUCUCCUACGGGAUCCAGCUCCUCUUGAUAAUCAUCUCUGCUGUUACUGACGUUGCCCCUGAAAUGAAGGAAGCUGCAAAGAAGAACCCAGAGAUCACAGCCUCCUUCCUGAGCUUCAUCACCUUCCACUGGUACAACAGAAUGUUGCUAAAAGGCUAUCGGAAGCCACUGGAGAUGGAUGACCUCUGGGACUUGAAAGGCACAGACAAGACAAGUGUUGUUUUGGGGACAUUUGGGAAGAACAUGCAAGCUGGCAUCAAAAAGGCCCGGCGGAAACUGGAGAUCCGGCAACGCAAGCGGAGACAUUGGUCACCGAUUACAGACCACAGGAAUGGCCUAAGCAAGGCCCAGAGUCAGGAUGUACUGGUUCUGGAAGAAAAAGACCAAAAACAGAAGGAAAAGGGGGCCAAAAGAGACUACACAAAGCACUGGCUGCUUGUUGCUGUGAUGCAAACCUUUGCUGGGAACCUUCUGAAAUCAGUGGCUUUGAAGGUGAUGCAUGACUUGCUAACGUUCGUGAGCCCACAGCUGCUGAAGCUGAUGAUCACCUUUGUGUCGGAUCCAGAGGCCUACAUUUGGCAUGGCUACCUCUAUGCAUUGCUGCUGUUUUUGACUGCACUGGUGCAGUCUAUCUGUCUGCAGCAGUAUUUCCAGCUCUGUUUCAGGCUGGGCAUGAGUGUUCGCACCUCACUUAUGACUGCCAUCUAUAAGAAGGCCCUCACGGUCUCCAAUACCACGCGCAAGGAGUCCACUAUUGGUGAGACAGUGAACCUGAUGUCCGCAGAUGCCCAGCGCUUCAUGGACUUUACAAACUUCAUGCACCAGCUGUGGUCAUCUCCACUGCAGAUUGCACUGUCCAUUGCAUUCCUGUGGGGAGAGCUGGGCCCGUCGAUGCUUGCUGGCAUUGGAGUCAUGUUGCUUCUUCUCCCCAUCAAUGCGGUGAUGGUCACCAAGGCCCGGGCCAUACAGAUGAAGAACAUGACGAACAAAGAUGAGCGUAUGAAAAUAAUGAAUGAAGUUCUCAAUGGCAUCAAGAUCCUGAAGCUGUUUGCCUGGGAGCCAUCAUUUGAGAAGCGAAUCGGAUGGAUCCGGGCACAGGAGUUGAAGGGGCUGCUGAACUUUUCCUACCUGCAGUCGAUUUCCAUCUUCCUCUUCACCUGUGCUCCUGUCCUAGUCUCUGUGACAACAUUUGCUGUGUACGUAAUGGUGGAUGAAAACCAUGUCUUAGAUGCACAGAAGGCCUUCACCUCUAUCUCUCUUUUUAACAUACUGCGCUUCCCUCUCACCAUGCUGCCUCUGGUGCUGUCCUCCCUGGUGCAGGUCAACGUAUCUACAGAGCGGCUUGAACGGUACCUGGGAAGUGAUGACCUGGACACUUCUGCCAUAUGGCAUGACCCGGACACUGGCUGCGCUGUGUAUUUUUCUGACUCUUCCUUUGCCUGGGAACGGAACUCUGAUGCCACCAUUAGAGACAUAACCCUGAAAAUUCCACAUGGGCACUUGGUGGCCGUAGUGGGGGCUGUGGGAUCUGGAAAAUCUUCUUUGUUGUCAGCCAUGUUGGGUGAGAUGGAAAACAUCAAGGGGCACAUCAACAUUCAGGGCUCCGUGGCGUAUGUGCCUCAACAGGCAUGGAUUCAGAAUGCCACAUUGAAGGACAACAUCCUUUUUGGGUCACCCCUUGAUGAAGCCCGCUACCAACAGGUGCUAGAGGCAUGUGCCCUACUCCCAGACCUGCAGCUGCUUCCAGGAGGAGACCUCACAGAGAUUGGGGAGAAGGGAAUUAACCUAAGUGGAGGCCAAAAACAACGUGUUAGCCUGGCAAGAGCUGUAUACAACAAUGCAGAUAUCUACUUGCUGGAUGAUCCCCUCUCAGCUGUGGAUUCACAUGUAGGACGACAUAUUUUUGACAAAGUACUGGGACCAGAUGGGCUGCUGCAGCAUAAGACGCGGAUCCUAGUGACCCACAGCCUGAAUUUCCUGGCCCAAGUGGAUGACAUUGUGAUGCUGGUGGCUGGGGCUGUGUCAGAACAGGGUUCUUACAGCACCUUACUGGCUAAUGGCAAGGAGUUUGCUCAGUUGCUCAACACGUAUGGGAACCAGCAAGAAAACAUACCUGAAGAGGAUGUUAUAGUGGGGAUGGGUGAGGAGCUUGAACUAGAUGGAGACCCUGAGCCUGGAGCUGAAGAGAUGCCAGCCGACAUAGUGACCAUGACCCAGAAGAGCGAAGCCAGUAUCCAGCAGAAAAACUUCACCCGCAGUCUUAGCAACAGCAGCAACAUGUCCCUUGUCAAGGCCAGUCAAAGAAAACUGAAGGAUAUGAAGUCUGUGGGGGAAGUGAAAGGACAGAGGCUGAUCGAAAGUGAGGCUGUGGAAACUGGCAAGGUGAAGUUCUCUGUGUAUCUGCAGUACUUGCGCGCUGUUGGGAGCGGAUUCUCAACAUGGGUCUUCAUUGCCUACCUAGGGCAAUAUGUGGCCUUUAUUGGUUCCAGCCUGUGGCUUAGUGCCUGGACGAAUGAUGCUCAGCAAAUCAACCAGAACUACUCAGCCACCCAACGUGACAUGCGUGUUGGAGUCUAUGGGGCGCUGGGUGUGGCCCAAGCUAUCUUCCUGCUGGCUGGAUCCUUCCUUGCUGCCCGUGGUGCCAUACGAGCCUCCCGCAUCCUCCACAAGCAGCUGCUCAGUAACAUCCUCCGAGCGCCUAUGAGUUUCUUCGAUACGACACCAACAGGCCGCGUUGUGAAUAGGUUUGCCAAGGACAUUUUCACAGUGGAUGAGACCAUUCCAAUGUCAUUCCGCAGUUGGCUGAGCUGCUUUUUGGGAAUUCUCAGUACCUUGCUGCUGAUCUGCCUGGCUACACCUUUCUUUGGAAUUGUCAUUGUUCCACUGGGUGUCCUCUACUACUUUGUUCAGCAAUUCUAUGUGGCCACAUCCCGCCAGCUGCGGCGCCUGGACUCAGUCACCCGGUCUCCCAUCUAUUCCCACUUCAGUGAGACAGUGUCAGGCCUCUCUGUUAUCCGGGGCUACAGGCACCAGGAACGCUUCCUUCUACACAAUGAGAAAAUUGUGGACAUCAAUCAGAAGUGUGUCUACUCUUGGAUCAUCUCCAACAGGUGGUUGGCUGUACGCCUAGAAUUUGUGGGCAAUCUGGUGGUUUUCUUUUCAGCACUGCUGGCUGUCCUUUCCAAAGACUCUUUGCAAAGUGGCAUUGUGGGACUGUCCAUCUCCUCAGCUCUCAACGUGACCCAAACGCUGAACUGGUUGGUACGGAUGACAUCAGAGCUGGAGACCAAUAUUGUGGCUGUAGAGAGGGUGCAUGAAUAUACACAGGUGGCAAAUGAGGCACCAUGGGUGACAGCACAGAGACCACCUCCCAACUGGCCCAGUAAAGGGGAGAUCUGCAUCAUGGACUACCGGGUGCGUUACCGACCUGAGCUAGAGUUGGUUCUUGAUGGGAUCAGCUGUGAUAUCAAGAGCACUGAAAAGGUUGGUGUUGUGGGCCGAACAGGAGCUGGGAAAUCCUCCCUCACUAAUUGCCUCUUUCGCAUCCUGGAGGCAGCUGGGGGAAAGAUUCUGAUUGAUGGGCUUGAUAUAGCCACCCUUGGCCUACAUGACCUGCGCCAGAACCUUACCAUCAUCCCACAGGAUCCUGUUCUCUUUUCGGGGACCUUGCGAAUGAACUUGGACCCAUUUGACCAGUACUCAGAUGAGGAGAUCUGGCAUGCUCUGGAGCUAGCUCACCUGAAGUCUUAUGUGUGCGGCCUGCCUGAGGGACUGUCCCAUCUAGUGAGUGAAGCUGGAGAAAACUUGAGCGUGGGGCAGAGGCAACUUCUCUGUCUGGCACGAGCCCUCCUCCGUAAAGCCAAAAUCCUGAUUCUGGAUGAAGCCACAGCGGCGGUGGACAUAGAAACUGAUCACUUGAUCCAAGAGACUAUCCGCAGCGAGUUUGCCAGUUGCACCAUGCUCACCAUUGCUCAUCGGCUACACACCAUCAUGGACAGCAACAGAGUGAUGGUGCUUCAGGCUGGGAAGAUUGUGGAAUUCGACAGCCCUGAGCAGCUGCUACAAGAAGAAGGCAUCUUUGCUAGCAUGACAAAGGAGGCUGGUAUUGUGGGAGCCCAGGACACUGCCCUGUGA